CAGACGCUCUGAGAGGCUGAAGCUGAAACAACAAAAAACUGAAACUUUACAAUCAUCAAGGAUGCUUUGCGUGUACGUCUUCCUGAUGCUGACCCUGAGCAGAGUCGGUCUCGGCUCUCUGCAGGACAAACAGACUGACUUCGGCCUGAAGGUUUUCUCUCAGCUGGUCCAGAACUCUCCAGACCAAAACAUGGCCGUGUCCCCGUACGGCGUGGCCUCGGUGCUCACCAUGGCUCAGCUCGGCGCCGCAGGAAACAUGCGCAGAGCUUUAAAUGCUGCCAUGGGCUUCUCUCUGCAAGAGCGAGGUAUGUCCCGGCAGCAGCGCCUCCUGCAGAGAGACCUCUCCAGCGAGGAGGGCGUGGACACGGCAAGCGGGGUGAUGGUGGAGAGGAAGAUGAGUCUAGAGAAAGGAUACCGCCGCGCCCUGGCCAAGGCCUUCCAGACCCACCCACACCAGAUGGACUUCACCAAACCAGAUCAGGCCGUCAACGUCAUCAACGCCUGGGUGUCAGACCACACGGCAGGAUCCAUCCCUGAGUUCCUGGCAUCUGGCUCUCUGUCUGAUGAGACCCGCAUGGUUCUCCUGAACGCGCUCCACUUCCAGGGUAUCUGGAAGGUUCCCUUCGAUCCCAAACUGACCCAGGAGAGGAUGUUCCGCUGCGCUAACGGCAGCUCUGUACCCGUGCACAUGAUGAGACUCACCAACCGCUUCCACUACGGUGAGUUCGUGACCGCUGAUGGUGUGGACUAUGAUGUCAUUGAGGUCCCUUACGAGGGAAACUCACUGAGCAUGCUCCUGGUGUCUCCCUUUGAGCCCGAGGUUCUACUGAGCACGCUCAGUGCGGAUCUGAGCAGCGAGAGGAUCCAUCAGUGGAGGGCGGAGUUUAGGAACGUCAAGAGACAGCUGGCCCUGCCCAGGUUCACUCUGGACUCGAAAGUGAACUUGAAGUCUACUCUGAUGAACAUGGGUCUGGGGGACAUGUUCAACCUGGCGACCGCCGACUUCACGCGCAUCACCACUGAUGAACGGCUGUGUGUGUCGAAGGUUCUGCAAAGAGUGAAGAUCGAGGUGAACGAGAGAGGAACCCGAGGAUCCGCUGCAACAGCUGCUGUGAUGUUUUCUCGUAUGGCCGUGGAGGAGCUCACUCUGGACCGACCGUUCCUCUUCCUCAUCCAGCACAAACCCACAGGUGCUGUUCUGUUCGCCGGUCAGGUCAAUCAGCCGCAACAUCAAUAACCUGAAGACGUUCAAGACGUUCAUUCAUCCGCCUGAGUCUGACUACUGCUGCUGAAACCACACACACACACACACACACACACACACACACACACACACACUGAUCACACACACUGACCACACACACACAAACAGAAUAAGGUUUAUUUAUAAGAUGUUUAAUACACAAAGACACACACGCUGAACACGACAACAUUCUGAGACUUUAGAGCGAUUUUUGUAAACUUUUAUUUAUUUGUCUGAAUGUUUGUGUUUGAAGAGGAAAUGAAGGAAAGUUCAAAUUAAUGAAUCAGACAUGAUUGCACUUCACGGAGAGGCGGACCAAGAAGAGUUAUUUUACCGUGUUUUAUUCCUAAUGUCUAUUUUUGUAAUUCCUCAUGUUACAUUUUGCAGUAUUUAUAUUUAUUAAAGUAUUAUGUUUUUACAAA